AUGGAAGCCGCAAAGCAAAAGGCCCAGGCCAUGAUCGACGACAACGCCGUCAUGGUCUUCAGCAAAAGCUACUGCCCUUACUGUCGCAACUCGAAGCGCAUUCUCGACAGCUACGGCGCAAAGUACGAGCACUACGAGCUCAAUGAAGAGGAUGAUGGCGACAUUAUUCAGAACGCCCUCCACCAGCUGACCGGCCAGCGCACCGUCCCCAACAUCUUCAUUAACAAGAAGCACAUUGGCGGCAACUCCGACCUAGAGGCCAUCAAUCGCAAAACCCUGGAGAAUUUGUUGAAGGAGGUUGGCGCGACAUCGUAA